AUGAAACGGGAUGUUACGGAGCGCCUCAAGGAAGACCAGACCAAGCAGUCCAACAUGCAGCGGGCAAUCGAAGCAAUGAAAGAAAGCCAGCGACAGCAGACACGCCAGGCCACACAGCUCGACAGUCAGCUCCGACAAGAGCAGGCAAAACUGGAGGAGGAUGUACGAAGUGACUUGUCUGCAACUUAUCCGUAUAACAGUUGGUUUGCCAACUUUCCCGUUUGGUCACACCGGCGUCUUUACUUCCCCAAGCAAUGGGAAGACCCUGUGCAGAUGAAUGUGCAGAAGGAGGAGAAGGCACAACAGGAAGUGGACCGGCUCCAGCAAGAGUUCCACAAGGUGCACAAUGACAAGAACGAGAAGGUUACAGCACUGACUCUUGGACUGAAUAGGAGUCACAAGCUGCAGGAUCUGAAGCAGGGCCAGCUGAGGGGGGUGUCGAUUGGCUGCAACUGGCAAACGACGCAGCACAUCAAAUCGCAGGUCAUGCUGAACUGCACGGACUAUGCUCAGGGCUUUGUCCGGUCUGUCACUGCACGUCAUCCACAGGACGUCGAGAAGCUGCGACAGAGGUUGCUCGACCUGAAGGCUCGAGCAAAGCACGAACUGACCUACCAGGCUGUGAAGGAAGAACUGCAGAAACUCCGCCUUGAGUUCGCGCGCCAUCAAGGAGGGGGCUUGGCCAACCUGACCCGAAAAGCUGAACCGAAAGGACAAGAAAAGCCAGCAGCUCGCGCAAUGCCCCGGAUGUGGUUCCUGGCUUCGCCUUUGUUGUUCCUGCCAGCGAGUGCGCAGCCAAAGUGGUCAGCGCAGGUGAUGCAGGCAUGUGGACUGUCUUCGCCUGAUGCUGAAGUGAUAUCUCUUGAUGGCUCAAUUUCGCUGAAUGCGCCGAAGCUGUGCGGAGCCAACAAUUGGCCGUGCCGCAGUCGCAUCCACGCAGCAGUUGGGGCCCUCAACGACGAUGCUUUGAAGGUGGCCCUGCGUGAGGACUUGUACAGGUGUGCACUGCCCGCGGAUCGAAGUUCGAAGCUGACUAUGCUGGCCUUCACAGUGCAAGGCUUGGAUCAGCAGAAGUGGUCACAGUGGGGUGACUGGAUGAGAUCUGCCUUCAUGGCGAACAAAGACCUCGAAGGUUUUACUCCGAAGAGUUCCACGUGGUUCCCGGUACAAGCUGGAGUUGAAUUCCUCGUGAGUGGGACAGGCAAUGUCCCCGACACAGCCGCUGCCCAACAGAGCCUUGCAAAGGGACUUCAGGAAUCCGCGCGUCGCUCGAGUUUUGCGGGGCUUUUCACACCUCACAUCUCCAUCUCUUCUAUGAGCAUCUCUGAUGUUCAGAGCUCUUCCUUCUUCGGCAUUGGCAUGUCGAACUUCAUGAUUCUCUUCCGUUUUGGUAGCGCCUUCCUGGCCCUCGCUGUGCUUUAUGCCAUCAUUGCUGCUUGUGCAUAUUUCUCUGGUGCAAAGUGGUUGCAGCCGUACGUGCUAUGCUGGCCGGAGGUUUGCGAUGGGAGAGGAUGCAUCUUCUACCGCAUUUUCUGCUGCCCAUUUGUUAUGAUAUACAACGCUAUACGCAUCUAUUGUUGUGCGUGCUGCCACAGCUAUGUCUCCUUCCUGUGCAUGCCUUCCUGUACAAAGGGCUGCUGUUGGGAUGACUUUGAGGAUGCAGACUUUCCCGCAAGCGACCAAAGCCUUGGACAGCUCCAGGGUGACACGGCUGCGGGUGUUUUGCACCAGGGGGGCCGAACUGAUUGGCGCAAGGCCUCUGAGAUCGCUGGCAAGGAUAGCCACGAGGCGCGUGGUGCCGAGCUCUUCGAAGGCAGCAUUGAUGCCGCCGACCUGCUGCAGGGAGCUUUGGGCGACUGCUGGCUGAUUGCCGCGCUAGCUUGCGUGGCAGAAAGACCGGAAAUUCUACAGCAAGCAUUCUUGACGCAAUCCUUCGACCCUCGGGGCAAGUACAAGAUCCGCCUUUGGGACCAAGUGCAAUCGCGGAAGGGUACACAGUGGGUUGUCGUCGUCAUCGAUGAGUUGAUUCCCUGCCAUGCUGGCACGCUCAAGCCACGGUUCGCACAAGCAAACAGCAACGAGAUGUGGGCACUUCUUAUGGAGAAAGCCUUUGCAAAGCUGUACGGCGGCUACAACAAGCUCGAAGGUGGCCAAAUGUCUUGGGCUUUGUCCGCAAUCACGGGCAAUCCAGCUGUCCAUUUCAUGAGAGAUCACAGGGCCAGCACUUGGGGGGCCUGGAAUCCGAAUGGCGAUGGGACCCUGAGCAAAGAUGACGAUGAGUUUACUGACGAUGAGUUUUUCAGGUUUCUCCUCCGCCUCAAGCGGAAUGGUGCUUUCCUUUGCUGCGCCGGCAUUGGGCAAGCGAACCACCAAGGCUUGAUCGACUCUCAUGCGUAUUCGGUGCUCCAGUUGACUACAGUACAGCCAGACAUGUCCGGGAAUUAUUUCCGCAUGGUGCAGAUCCGGAACCCACACGGCCAGGGAGAGUGGCGGGGAGCGUGGUCAGACAAUUGCAGGCUUUGGAGCGAAUACCCCAGUGUGAAGAGGCAGCUCCUGGGCUCGGAUGAGCCCAAGGAUGAUGGAGCAUUCUGGAUGCAGUGGGAGGAUUUCGUCAACUUCUGGAAGGGGGUUCAAGUCGUGGAUUGCGAAACGAACAUCCGUACGGUGGCAAUCCCUGUUUACGAUGAGGGGCUAUACCUCGGGAGAGCCGGUAGCAAGACCGUGGAGGAGAUGAAGAAAGACAUGAACUCACAGUGUGGCUACGACCAGCAAGGCUUCUACUGCCACUAUUGUGAGAGGAAGGCGGUCGCCGAGGUCCAGGUGGGCGUUGCCGCGACGGCCUUGGCCUGCAACAAAAAGCACGCUGCUGCAGUUCUGUUUCUCAGGCCGCUUCAAGAGGAUGCUCAGGCCGAAGCCAAAGAAGCUACUGCCGGCGAUGAGGUCCAACAAAAGCCUCGCAGAAAGGCGAAGACAGCGGCAAGAAAGGCGGCAGGCAGUGCCAAGGCUCUGGAGUUGAAGAGACUCGGCAAAGGCCUUUUCGCAGAAAAGGAAGCCAGCCCGCAGCUGGCAAAGCUGAUCGGCAAGAAGCGUGUCACACACACGGAGGCCUCCAAGCUGAUGUGGCGCUACAUCAAGGAAAGAGGCCUGCAGAACGGGCGGGUCAUCACAGCAGAUCGCAAGCUGAAGCAGCUCUGUCCUGAAGAGACAUUUACGAUCUUUCAGUUGCACCAGUUCCUGAAGCAUCAUCUAAGUUGA